AUGAAGAAGACAAUAAAAAAUGCCACUUUGGCAAGCAAAAAUCAUGCAAACAGUUUAAAAAAGGGAUCAAUCCGCAUAAACCGUUCAGUUAGCACUGAGAAUAGGCUUAAAUUAUAUCGCUCUAAGGGCAUAUCCAAUACCACAACCCAUGAACCAACUGCUGCAGCACGUAUACAACCAGAUAGGCGCUGGUUUGGCAACACAAGGGUGAUAAACCAGAAGAAACUUGAAAAUUUUCGCGAAGAAUUGGCAAAAGAUAAGAAUGAUCCCACGGCAAUACUGCUCAAAAGGUCUAAAUUGCCCAUGGGACUACUGCAGACCAAAGAUCUACCGGGAAAGUUAGCAAAUAAACUAUCAUUUUCCGAAGUUUUUGGACCAAAAAAACAGCGAAAGCGCGUCAAAUUAUCAGCGGAUUCAUUUGAAGAAUUGGCGCUGCAGGCUAAGGGGAAAGAUGAAUCGUAUAAAGAAUCGAAUGAUAAAUCCAUAACUAUAAACACAGAUGAUGCAGAAACUUUGUAUACAUCAGAAUCUAUUUUUAGCAAAGGUACAUCAAAGAGGAUUUGGGGAGAACUGUACAAGGUUAUUGAUUCGUCAGAUAUUAUCAUUCAGGUAUUAGAUUCAAGAGAUCCCGUCGGCACCAGGUGCUUGAGACUGGAAAGUCACAUUAAAACAAAAACUUGUAAACAUCUAAUAUUGCUACUAAAUAAAUGCGAUUUGGUACCCACUUGGGUAACCAAGAAUUGGAUUAAACAUCUUAGCGUUGAGUUUCCAACGAUAGCUUUCCAUGCAUCAAUCAAUAAACCAUUCGGAAAACAUACAUUGCUAGACUUGUUGAGACAAUAUUCUAAGCUGCUGAAAGAUCGCAAACAUGUGAGUGUGGGAUUCGUCGGUUACCCAAAUGUGGGCAAAAGUUCAGUAAUCAAUACGUUGUGUGGAAAUAAAUCUUGCAAGGCAGCACCUGUACCAGGCGAAACUCGCGUUUGGCAGUACGUAUCCCUUACGAAACGCGUGCAUAUGAUAGAUUGCCCGGGCAUUGUUCCUCCUGAAGAGAUCAGUGAUGCGGCCAAGAUUUUGAAGGGUGUGAUAAGAGUUGAAAGAGUUAGUGACCCAGAAAACUACAUAUUGCCAAUGUUAGAGUUGGUAAACAAGGAAUGUUUAACAUCUAUAUAUUCAAUAAGUGAUGAAUGGAUUAGUCUUAGUGGUGCGGAAAUGGCCGAAGAAUUCUUAAAGACAGUGGCCAAAAGGAGUGGCAAAAUGUUACCUGGAGGAAUUCCUGAUUGCAAAAUAGCAGCAAGAAUGGUCCUAAAUGAUUUCCAACGCGGCAGAAUCUCCUACUUUAUAUCACCCCCCCACGCGCCACCUGCUAACGUUGAUACGGCAGGCUGA